AAAUGUUCCAUGCAUACGAUGAUAACGGCAGGCAACUCAAGGGAUGAAGUGAUAGACAUACGAGAGCGGACCAAUAGGUGGCCGCUGGCGUUUUACUCGGAUUUUUAUUAGUUUCUUGCAUUUGGGAAGGUUUCUAGGAGGAUCAUGGGUAGAAGGAUGGGAAACAAGUUCAGCUUUCUGGCUGCCGUCGGGCCCUUCACAGGGGGCGGUAUUCAGGACGAUGGCCUUUCUUUUCCGUCAAAUAUCUACUAUCAUCAAAUUCCCCUGUACGCGGUGGGAACUCCUUUGGGAUCUCGGAGCGCUUUCCAAGGAAGGAAGAUUUUCGGUUUUAUUUUUUCCGCUCACGUCCCGCCUUACGAGAACAAGAGCACCUAAUGAUGAAUGGAUCCGAUUUUACUGUUUUGAAAGAAGUUUCCAAGGAGAGAAAUACCUCCAUUUUCAAUAUCGGAGAGCCGACCGGAAGGCCAGCAGCAACAGUGGGCCAUCCUCUCCUGCGCGCCCGCUUACAACUCUCUGGACGAUGUUGCUCGAGGAUACAGCCCAAUCGAUUGAUUGUGGUCGAUGCCAUGCCAACGGACCAGCAUGGAACGAAGUGCAGCAGGAAUCGGAGAAGAGCGUCUAUCCACAUACGCCAAGGCAGACACGGAGCGAAGACAAGAGAGACAGAGACAGAGUCAAGAACAGAAGCGAGCAAAGAUAACCGAGGAGGAUGUAUUCGGUGAAGAAAUAUGCCUCACCUCAUCCACACUGCAAUCAAGUCACCCCAGGAGUGGACGAUGAUCACGUUCGCCAUCACGAAAAUGCAAACGAAUGCG